UGUCAUUUGUAGUCCAAAACAAAAUGGAAGGCGGAAGUAAGUCAAAUUACAGAUGUGGAGGCUGCUUAUUCUUUUGUACCACUAUUCUGGACUUGCAUUUUCAUCUGACUGAGCAUAUUGAAGGUGGAAAUUAUUUCUAUGACAAUACACUUAAAACUGCCUAUCCUAAAUAUAGCACCACUGAUACUGACUGUCAGACCACAGAAUUAACACCAUUACUUAUCAAUAAUAUCAAACAAGAAUUUACUGAGCCAGCUGAAAGUACAGAGACUAUUUCCACGGCCACACAAACAGAAGUAUUUAAGUUAAAUAUUGUGAAAAUUGCAAUUGAAAAUUCAGAACCAGAUUGUAAUGACAACACUUCAAAUAGGAGAUGCAGCCUUAAGUUUGUGAAGCAAUCAGAAGAUGGUACAGCUUCUUCUAAGGAGUCGGAAGGUUUUGAGCAUUUCGGUAAUGGCACCAUACAACCAAUGGAUAAUUCUAAUGAUUUAAGUAAUGAAGAAAUAUUAGAUGAUCCUGACAUUUCAAAUGAAGAUAGUAUUCUCUAUGAUGAGAAGAUUGUGAAGGUGGAAGAUUUUACUGGAAACACAAGACUUGUUUCUGUUAGGAAAAGAAGACAUUCAAAUAGAGAUGCAUAUGAAUCAGGAAAGCAAAAGUUAAAUAUAGAAAAAGGGACGACAAAAAGGAUACAUAAGAAAAGUGAUGUAUCUAGUAAAAGUGAAGCAACUGUAAAAGCAGAGCAUGCAUCACCUUCGGUUAGAGAGAGUGUACUACCAAAGGAGGAAUUGGGAGGAAGUGAUGAUGAUAUCUACAGAAGUUUUCUGGAAAACACUAAUGUCCAGGAAAAAAAGUGUUAUUUAUGUACCGCAUGUAAUGAACAAAUAAAGACGAGACAGGCUUGGGAAAAUCAUAUAGAAUCACUACAUUAUCACACCUAUCCUUCUCAGUGUGAUCAGUGUUAUUUUCCUUUUCAUGAAGAUGAUGACAUUGUGCUUCACAACUGCACUUUGGUAGCAGUUGACUCUCAUGAAUGUUUACAAUGUCCAGACAAAAAGAUAUUUAAAUUUAGGUGCAACCUUUUGAGACAUAUUGAAAUAGAUCAUGAAAAUGAAUUUCCACUUAUAUGUGACAGAUGUGAAGUGCCACUCAUCUCAGAAUUAGAAAAAAGAAAGCAUAUGACUAAACAUGAUCCAUCAUUACUGACAUGCGUGUACUGCCAAAAGCAGCUGAAAACUGUUGCUGAUUUGGAUAGCCAUCUUCCAAACCACACAGGUGAAACGAAAUUUCAUUGCCAUCUUUGUCAAAAGAAAUAUCGAAAGAAAGCAUAUUUAAGAGACCAUAUUUUUAGGACACAUAGUACUGAUACAAAGCAUUGUAUAUGUGAAAAAUGUGGCAGUAGUUUCGCACAUUCAAAAUUGCUCUAUGAUCACAGGAGAUCUUCGUGUGGUGAGCCAAUAUUCGAAUGUGAUCUGUGCGAUAAAAAGUUCUGUCAGAAAACAAGCUUAAAGUACCAUCACAGAAGCCAUACUGGUGACAGGCCGUUUAUUUGCGACAUGUGCGGAGACACGUUUACACAUAGUCAUACGUUAAAAAACCAUGUCAAACAUAAACAUACAAAUGACAGACAGUUCAAAUGUAGCAUGUGUGACAAAGCUUUUGUUAAGAUUUGCACUUUGCAAAGACAUGAACGGGUACAUUUGAAAAUACGCCUGCAUUCUUGCGAAUAUUGCAAAAAGGAAUUUUCUACAAACUGGAACCUUAAAGCACAUAUGAGACAACAUACAGGAGAUACACCAUAUGUGUGCUCAGUUUGUGGACUUGGGUUUGCUCAUAAUGUUGUUCGCAAGACACACGAAGCUAAGUGUUCUGGGAAUAAUUUGUGAUGUAGAAUUGUCUGAAGGAGCUCCAUGCCUGAGUUGUUAAAGUCACUGACUUUCAAUCGCUUUCCCAUCACUGCUUUUGAGGUGUAGAAUUCUUUUAUGUGAGGAAAUACAAUCUAAAUGAUUAGGACACUAGUCUGUUUUUAAGCAGAUUUGUCCAAACUGAAAAUCAGGUUAAAUUGGCUGAGUGAAGUUUUCAUUUCCAUCCAGUAACUUAAGUUUGGGUUGAGAAGUGUUAAUUGUAGAUCAAGAAAAUCUUGUCAUUUCACAAACCUAACUUUACAAUCUCGUGAAUAUAAAACCUCUAUUUCAAAUUAGUAAGAUUUAGGCUCUGGGAAAAUACAUACUUUGUUAAAUUGUAGUAUUGAAAUGAAACCUAGCCAGUUGAUGGCUUUUAGUAAGACCAAGGAAGGAUUUGCAUUUAUGCUCAAUGGAGUGAAGGUCAGUGUCAGUAUUACCUAAAUAGGAGACUCAGUAACUUUAGUUUUGGAUUGACUAAUUGAAAUUAAACUUGGCAUAUAGGUAAUUGUAGACAAACUGAGGUUAGGAUUUCAUAUUGGAUCAGUGGGGUAAAGUUGAAAGUCAGCAUAACUAACUUUGAAAAUUGCACUGUGACACAAGGGUCUAAAGCAUUACUUCUGGAUGUAGAACAGUUUCUUUUAUUGGUAUAGAACCUAUCAAGGAUAUAAGUUGUUGUUGAGCCCGCUUGCGAUGAGCUCGUUAUAGUAGGCACUUUUGGCGGUUCGGUGUAUGUGCGUGCCUCUGUGCGUCCGUUCGAUUUUGUCCGGACUGUAACUUUGACAUGCAUGGAUCAAUCUGGUUUAUAUCUGGCAUGCAUGUUUACCUCAAUAAGAAGGCGUGUAAUGUGGAAACCCCAUGUUCCUAUCUCAAAGGUCAAGGUCACAGUUGGAGGGCUGAGAUUGAAUUGAAGUUUGUCCGGAGCAUUUCUUCUUCCUGCAUGGUGGAAUUUUGAUGUAACUUGAAAUGAAUGUUCACCAUUAUGAGACGGAGUGUCGUGCGCAAGAACCAGGUCUAGGGUCAAGGGCACACAUGACAGCUGGCGGGCUCGACAUUCUGUCUGUGGGCAUACUUUAUACCAUGCAGUAUAUGUUUAGCUUAAAUAUGUAUUAUAGCGGAACAAUUCUUCAAGAAGGAGAGCUUUUGUUGUCACCUUUUCAUGGGUUUCCACAUCAUAAAAGCUUUGCAAAUUAGCAGGUUUCUCGGAUACCGCUAGGCCAAAUGCUUUUAGACUUCACACACAGUGUUUGACAACAUUUAUUGAAUUAACGGGACAAGUUACAUAAUAUCCGGCAGCUUUAUCUUGUCAAAUCUAUGGGCCCCUUUUCAACGUAAGAUUUUGUGAAAUCUUUGCAUAAAGACAGGUAUCUAAGAAAUGACUUGACUAAAUACUAACAACUCAACACUUUAACAUCAUAAGAUGAUCUCAUAGAGUAAAUUUCAUCAUAACUUUUAUGUUGUCAUGGGUUCAAAAAAUGCCUCUUUUAGCUUAGCUGAACAUAGGGUUCCAGUUCAGUGGCUAGUGUAAGUGGAUGGUCUGGUGUCAGUCGUCAAGAAUUUAAAUGAAUGUUUUUUUAUCCCAUUUAUCCCAACUAGUCAGAAUCACACCAAACUUGGUAUGUAAUAUCCUUGCAAGGUCCUGUCUUCAAUUUGUUCAAAUGGUUCGUCUUGGGGAUGCCAGAGCCUAAAGGUUGAAAAGCGUUUAAGCAAGUUUGUCACAUGAACCGAUGAUUGAUCUUCAACAAACUUGGUCUGUAGCAUAAUUACAAGAUUCUCUCCCAGUUUUGUUCAAAUUGGGCCAUUCAGCUGUAUUAGGGACGUCUGUAGCUCAAAAUAGAAAUUCCUUUAAGUUUCCUCUUCUUGUGCAGUGCAUGAUUUAUUUUCACGAAAUUUCGUCUGUAACAUCAUUGUAAGAUCCUUUUUUAUCUUUUUUUAAAUGUUGAAGCUUGGUUUCAUUUUAGAAGCCCCUAGCUAAACCUCUUGAUGGAUAUUCAUUAAGCUUUGUCUGUAGCAUCACUGUUAGUUCCUGUCUUUUUAUUAUUCAGAUGGGGGAACUUGGCCUGUUUAGAGACUUCUAGAGCAAAAAUAGAAGAAAAAAAUUUAAAUGACUACUUCUAAUGAACCUUCCAAUCGAAAUGUCUUCAUUAGACUGUAUUUGUCAAUUUUGUUCAAAUGGGGGCACUUGGUCCAGGGCUUUGGAUGCUUGUAAAUUUCUGAGCCUUCAACAUUUAACAUGUUAAAGACUUUUCAUAAACCAGUCGAUGGUGAAUCAACAACCUUGGUCCUUAGCAUCAUUCUAGGGUCCUCUUUCAUCUCUGUUCAAAUGGGGGGGGGGGUGCAUUUUGACCCUUCCUUGGACUACUGGGGCUUUCAUAAAUUACAUGAUAGAUCACCAUCAAACCUAGUUAGCAGCAUGACUGUAAGGUCCUUUUUCAAUUUUUUUUAGGAUAAGGGGGGAUUUGUCCCCUUUGAUGGAGAGCUCUAGUUAAAAAUAGAAAAAAAAAACAACUUCUUUUCAUGAAUCCCUUGAUGGAUAUUCACCGAGCAUAGUCUGUUGCAUCAUUGUAAGAUCUGUUUCAAGUUUUGUCGAAAUGAAGGCACUUGGUCCGUUUUAGAGUACUCGAAAUGGAAGUAGAAAUACCUUAAAGUUCAAAGAACUUGUUUUUCUGAACUGUUUGAUGGCUUUACUUCAAACCUGGUCUGUAGCUUCAUUUAUAAGGUCCGCUUCCAAAUCUGUUAAAAUGGGGUCACCUGGCCACCUUAGAGGCCACUAGAGCUAAAAAUAGAGAAAAACUUUUAAGAAUCUUCUUCUAAAGAACUGCUUGACAGAUCUUCAUCAAAUUUUGUUUGUAGUAUUACUAAGCACUGUUGUUACCAUGCAUGAUUCAGUAUGCCAUAUAUAUGUUCAAGGUCAAUUAUUCAGGGUCAUGUGAACUGCUUGGGGCCACUAUGGUUAGAUUUAUGUAAGUUUUGCAUCAGCCUGUUUCUCAGAAACUAAGCGUUCAAAUGUUUUCAAACUAUGUACACAUUUUUGGCGUCAUGAGUUGGCCUUAUUUGUCAGGUUUCAGAUCUCAAGCUUACAUUUUGGCAAAACUAUGCUCCUUUUUCAGUUCAAAUUUUGGUGACAGUUUUGUAUGUAAGCAGGUUUCUCAGGAACUGUUUUACUAAAUGCUUACAAACUCUCUUUAUAUCUUUCACAUAAUGAAAUCUGUGGCGGCUAAAACUCUUCAAAAUUAUGCCGUCUUUUUCAACUUAAAAAGUUUGGUAAAGCUUUUGUGUAUAAGUUGGUAUUAUGUGGAAGGUCUCAAGUAGUCGAACAUGCUGCCAUAAGACAGCUCAUGGUUCAAAUUAUUUUGAAUAGAUUUAAACUCAACCAGGAGACUAACAGUAUUGUAUUCAGUACGAUAUUCAUUGUAACAUUUUUGGUAAUGGAAUGGAAUGGAAUCAGGGUAACAGCAGUGACAGGAAAAUCACAAGACUUACAGAUCGAUUUGUUAUGUUUUAAAUCAAAAGUUUAGUAAACCAUUUGUUUGGUGUUGUCUUUUAAAUCUCGUUUGCAUUGGCAUUACAUAUUCAUGCUCUGCUUUCUGAUACAUUAUAAUUAUGUUAACGUUAUACACAGUACUGUUUAUACAAUUAAACCUGGUUAUUUUUAUGUUUAUAUAGGUACAUAGUUACUGUUCGUAUUUUCAAAUAUAAAAUUCGGAUAUAACAGAUCUUUAGAUUUCAAAAAAGACGGACUAAAUUAUAUAUUUUUUUUAUUUUCAUCAAAAUUCCUUGUUAUUUUCUACUUUUUAGCUCACGUGAGCCAAAGGCUCAUGGUGAGCUAUUGUGAACGCUCAAUGUCCGUCGUGCGUUGUGUGUCUGUCAACAUUUUCUAAAAAAAUCUUCUUGAAAACCACUGGGCAGAAUUACACCAAACAUACAUGAUCCUUGGGUGGCCCCCUUCCAAAAUUAUUCAAAGAAUUGAAUUCCAUGCAGAACUCUGGUUGCCAUGGCAACCGAAAGGAAAAUCUUUAAAAAUCUUUUUGUCCAAAACCACAGGGCCUAGGGCGUUGAUAUCUGGUGUGUAGCAUCAUCUAGUGGUCCUCUACCAAAAUUGAUCAAAUUAUCCCCCUAGGGUCAAAUAUGGCCCCGCCCCGGGGGUCACAUGGUUUAUAUAGACUUAUAUAGGGAAAACUUUGAAAAUCUUCUUGUACAAAACCACAUGGCCUAGGGCUUUGAUAUUUGGUAUGUAGCAUCAUCUAGUGGUCCUCUACCAAAAUUGAUCAAAUUAUCCCCCUAGGGUCAAAUAUGGCCCCGCCCCGGGGGUCACAUGGUUUAUAUAGACUUAUAUAGGGAAAACUUUGAAAAUCUUCUUGUACAAAACCACACGGCCUAGGGGCGGUAGGGCUUUGUUAUAUGGUUUGUAGCAUCAUCUAGUGGUCCUCUACAAAAAUUGUUCAAACUAUCCCGUUAGGGUCAAAUAUGACUCCGCCCCGGGGGUCCCAAGUUUUACAUAGACUUGUAUAUGAAAAAAAGUUUUAAAAUCUUCUUGUCUGAAACUACAACACUUAGACCUUUGAUAUUUGGUUUGUAGCAUUGCCUUAUGGUCCUCAAUAUCAUUGUUCAAAUUGUACCCCUGGGAUGAAAAGAGGCCCAGCCCUGGGGUGCUAAGUUUUAUAUAGACUUAUAUAGGAAAAAAACUAAGUUUUAUAUAGACUUAUAUAGGAAAAAAACUUUAAAAAUAUUCUUGUCUUAAACCAUACGACCUAUGCUUUUGAUAUUUGGUAUGAUGCAUUGUCUAGUAGUCCUCUACCAAAAUUAUUCAAAUUAUACCCCUGGGGUUAAAAGAGGCCCCGCCCUGGGGUUACUUAGUGAGUUAUAUAGGAAAAAAUACUUAAAAAAUCAUAUGAUCCUAUUUCCAAGACUGUUUAAUUAUAAUUACCUGAUGACCCCAAGUAAUAUGAUGUCACUUGACUGUGACCUUGACCUACUGACCUACUUUCUUGUUUUUUAAGAUACAGCCUUAAAAUUUUGCUGACAUACACAGUUUUGCACACCAGUCGUAAAACUGAAUUUCAUUGACCAUGAAUGUGACCUACUGACUUUCUUUAUAUUUUAUCAUCAGUUUGAUCUUUGAAACAUGUAGCUCAUAUUACUCAGGUGAGCGAUCCAGGGUCAUCAUGACCCUCUUGGUAUAAAGUUGUUUUGUAAGUUAUUUAUAUUCUACAUAGUUAUGCUUUUGUGUUGAGUAUUUCUAAGUCUAUUUUAGAAUGUAUUAUUACUGUAUGUAACCCAAUUAAUUUCUCACUAACUUUUAAGUUUAAUUGAAGUGUUACUUUUUCAAACAUUAUUGUUAGAGUGACCUUACCCCUCUUUUUUGCAGCUUAGAAAAGUCUUGUGGCAGAGUAAAGGGUCAUCUCCACAGAUGAUCAUUCUUGAUUUUCUCCUAAACAUUUAUACUCGCUAUUACAGUGUAAAGCACCUAAUAUUUCUCUGAAUAUCUCCAGUUGAAACAUAUGAUUUAGUUUAAUUUUGUUUGAGGGCCUAACCCAGUAAGCCACUCUUAACUGCGUAAAAAUGUCAUAAAGGUCACGGGGAAACCACAUACAUUUUGGCACGCAUGUAGUAGUUCAGAGACGCCCACUGCGAAAAAUGUUACACAGUUUUAGGAGAAAAAACAUACUUGUAUUGUAUCGUUUAAAACAUAAUAAAAAUAUACAUUAACAUAUAACAUUAACUGUUUUAAAUUGAGAACUUCAACGUUUCUAAUGGUGCUGUCUCUCCUCAUGUGCAGUGAUUUUGAAAAGUGCUGCCAUUCGGAUGGUCUUUGCCUGCGAAAUAAAAUGGCCUUUUCCAGUCCUGCAGUUGCAAGAGAUGGUAUUUUUAUCUGUUGCAUAGAAUUCAUGGCAGAUUAAUUCGAUUAUUUUUCACUCGUGUUUGAUUUAGAAAUUAGAUAUAAGAUAUUGUACUUUAUAGGUAUAAAUUAUCUUGAUAUCAAGUAUUUUAUUUAAAAUUGACUGCCUAGAUAAGUUUUGGCAGUGCAGCAAACUGUAGGUUUAGAAUUUCUGGUGUUGGACUCUAAUGCUAUCACUAUACCUGUGUCAGUAUUAUUUUUAUGAUAGUGUAUACUUAUUGCUGGAUUUUGUCAUAAAUAAACGUUAAGGUUUUGUGAAUUAUUUAUUGUCUAAAAUUGGCUUUGAAAUAAACAGUUUGUCUUGUUGAA